GAGACAAUGUUGCCCAUGAUAUAAUGGCAACGGAAAUGACAACUACUCGAAAGCCAACAGCUCACAGCUUGCAGCCAAACUUCCAAACGGCCAACGGGCCAACAGCUGUUGUAAAUCAAAAAAGAGGCUACCAGCAAACGUUAACUUGGCCGUUAGAGAGUUGCUGCCACCGAGGCAGAGAGGCCCCCACAACUAGUUGGUAGUUGGCGCUCAGCAAACGUCGCGCUAUUCGAUAUAAAAGUGCAAUUUGGACUGGCAGCAAUCGCAGAUACAAUUGUGGCUUGGAGUGGGACGUGCGCGUUUUUUGUCGAAUCGAAAAUAAAAGAAGUGAAGUGUAAUUGACUCGCAAUAGCAAAAAGGCAACGCCAACAACUCGUAUAACAAUGCAACUCUUGCUCGUGGUGGCCACGGUCGCGAUCUGUGGCGUCGCUCAAGCGCAGCAGGGCGUCGAUCCCGCCUAUUUGCGUCAAUAUUACCAGCAGUUGCAACAGCAACAGCAGCAGCAACCAUCCGACGGCACGCCCAUCUACGAGCAGAACUCCGAGCAGACGCAGCAGUAUGUGAAUGCGGGACAACAGAUCAGACUGAAGGAUACAGUGUCGGAGCAAAUACGCGCCCAGCAUCAGCAACAGCAGCAGGGAUAUGUGGCGCCGGCGGUUAGAGAUUAUCUGCAACAGCCACAGUACCAAUCGCAGCCCCAGCAGAGUGUCUAUCGUCCUCAACCUCAGGCUGCCCCAGCGCCGCCACGUCGCGUUCAACCCUCCUACCAGGCGUCCUCUUCGCCGCUGCUCGGCAAAGGACAACACAAAUUGCAGACACAUCAGCAACAGCAGCAACAGCAGGCGGAGGAGGAGGAGCAAUACGAUGAUGCAAACUCUUCGUAUCAGUUUGGCUUCGAUGUGAAAGACGACGAGUUCACCAACUAUCAAAAUCGCAAGGAAGUCCGAGAUGGUUCCGUGAUCAAGGGUAGCUACUCCGUCGUUGAUUCGGAUGGUUUCAUUCGUACAGUUAAGUAUACUGCCGACCCCAAGGAGGGCUUCAAGGCCGAGGUUAUUCGUGAACCCACCGAUAUUGUGGUUAAGAUUCCCACACCACCACCACCAACGCAACUGCUCCGUGCCGGCGGUCACAAGGCACCCCAGGAAUAUAGCCAGGCCAAGCAGCAGUACCAACAUCAGCCUCAGCAGCAACAACAUCAGCCACAGUACCAUCAGUACCAGUAAGCAGGAGGCUUACAGAUCAUACAAGAAAUUCUCAUCGUUUCUUCUUGAAAGUUCCGCCAAGUCCAUGUAAGCUUGUACAUUCCGUUCAUCAUUUCGUACAUGGCAUUAAAACUAACGACUUUCCUUAGUUUGUAGUAUAAAAAUUAUGAUUGCGACCGAAAUUCUUUGUAUGACUUUCUGGCUUAGAAUAUUUAAUUAAAAAUUUAUAAACAAA